CUUGUACUCAACUAAUUUCUUGACAUCAGCGCGUAUUCAUCCAUCGCAGAGCUGCUAUUCCCCUUCCAAAACCCACAAUCAACCCUCUAGCAUACAAUGAUCCUCGCCAGCUCGUCCAGAAUCACACUCGAUCAUUUGGCUCGAUGGUCGACUCGACCUACCCUCCAGCAAUGUCGAACUCUCGCAUCCGAUGCGUACUUCAAACGUCCCCCGCAGACGUCAACGACACCUGGUCCUGCUUCCUCGACGUCUUCGUCUACGGUCCCUGAUGAGGCUACGAACGACACGCCUUCGAACCUCACACCCGCUCAGAAAGAGCUGAUAGACCGGAUCAUCCGAGUAGAUCAAGCGGGUGAAGUGGGAGCCAAUUGGAUAUACAGGGGACAAAAGUUGGCUAUGCAAUUAAAGGGGGAUAAUAAGUCUGCAGCUCAGAUCGAGGCGAUGUGGGAAACUGAACGACAUCAUCUCGCCACGAUGGAUCUCUUGCGAAAACAACACAAUGUCAGACCUACUGCCCUGUACCCAUUAUGGCAAGCAAUGGCGUUGGCACUAGGCACAAGUACAGGGUUAAUGGGUCGAGAGGCAGCCAUGGCAUGUACCGAGGCUGUAGAAACGGUCAUAGGGGAGCAUUAUGAUGACCAAUUGAAAGCCCUCAAACCACUCAUCGAGACGCUAUCCAUUUCAGACCCUGCUCAUCCUUCACUCCCUCUUCUCCGAGACAUCCUCACGGAAUUCAGGGACGAUGAAUUGGAACAUCUAGAUACAGCAGUGGAAGAAGGAGCUCAAAAGGCUCCAGGCCAUGCGUUGCUCAGUGCCGUCAUUGAAUUGGGGUGCAAAGCAGCCAUAAAAGUAUGCGAGAGAAUCUAGCUCAAUUCUAGUCAGUGAUUCAGAUCUCCAUUGUAGCCAUAGCG